UGUGUAUGCAUUACGCGAGGGCCUGAGCUUCGAGGCCUAGACUAUCUUUAAAAAAAAAAUUGAUCUAAGAAGAGUACUUAUAAAUACAUAUGAUGAAUGAAAUUAUGUGAUAUCUCGAAUCGACUAAGGUUGUUUUUAUGAGGGCUUUCUUUAGACGUGUUUUUCCUAGGCCACCGCCUGAUCUGUUGGAAACCUUUGCGCUUAAUAAUAGGCCUAAGUCGCCGCGAACAACACUUAAGGAUCUUAAAAUUUUUGGUUGCCGUGUAGGCCUACAUUUGCACACCCCCAUGGAAAGGGUGAACGUUCGUUGUGUCGAAGAGGGGGAAACGAUGAGCAUAUUGUUCGUUUAUGCUGGCAUGAAUUUGUGUUUACAACGUGACAAGAGCGAACAAGUAGAGAGAGCUUUAACCAGAAUUCGUGCAUCAGUUCUUAAAAAAACCAAGGUUAUCAGUAAACGAACUAAGAAAAUGAAACAAGACCAAAAUUCGUCUGUCAGUCAAAAUGAGCAGAAUUUGUUAGUAUCUCUGCACAAUUGCUUUGGCAAAGAGAUAGAUCAGUCAUUAGCAAAUAUUGAGGCAUGGAUAAAUGGAGCCAUUCUAAAUAUUGGAUCAGUUAAAUAUUCUGUAUAUCGUAAUUCACCAACAGUAACAAACAUUAAAUUGCCUCGUUGUGCCAUUGUUAGUUGCCCAGUUUUUCCUAGAUUGUCAUUAGAGUUCGCAGAUGAUUCUCUUACAAAAUAUGUCUGGUACCGAGGUUUUUCUGAUUCAGCUGGUACAUGCAAAUCUACUGAUAUCAUCGAUAAUAAGUGUCAAGAAAUGAAGAAGAGGAGAUCUGAUGAUGCAUCAGAAAAAUGUGAUAAUGGUAUGGAUGUAAAAGUGCCAAUAGUUAGCCAUUGGCAAGAGGUUGGCACCUCAAAGGUGUAUACACCAACAGCAAUGGAUGAAGGAUCAUUUCUAAAACUUGAAUGUACCCCAAGUUCAGGUCAAAACAUUGGACUUGCAUCACAUUGUGUACUUGAAAAUGCAGUACUCUCCGUUCCUACCUUCCCUUUUGAAAAGAGACAUGGCUUCACUGCCAAGCUGACCUCAACCAACAGCCUAAGAAUUGUGUCUUAUAAUAUAUUAGCUGAAAUGUAUGCAGAUUCGGAUUUUUCGAGAGAUGUUCUUUAUCCAUAUUGCCCACCUGAACUGCUUGACAUUGACUACCGCGAACAGGUCAUCUUGAAAGAGCUCACAGGUUACAAUGCUGAUUUGAUCUGCUUGCAAGAAACUGGGAAGAAAUUAUUUGAAAAUGCAUUAGUUCCGUCAUUGAAAACAAGUGGCUUGGAUGGUUUAUUAUGUUGUAAGCAUGGAUUACCAGAAGGAGAAGCAAUUUUUUACAGAUCUUCAAAACUCAGGGUUUUAGAAAGUCAUGAUGUAGUUCUUUGUGAAGCCUUCAAAACAGAUCCUCUCUAUGCAGAUCUUCUACAAGGUGUUUCAAAAAAUGAAUCCAUGUUGAAACGUGUACAGUCAAGAUCAUCUAUAGCUCAGGUGGUAGUGUUCGAGGAGAUUGCAAACCCUUCACGUAAGUUGUGUGUAGCGAAUACACAUUUGUACUUCCAUCCACGGGCUGGCCACGUCAGGCUCAUUCAGACAGCUAUCAUCGCACGCUACUUGGAGAAUCUAAAAAAAACUUAUAAAAAACAGCAUGGUUGUGAGAAUCUUGCAGUGAUAUUCUGUUGCGACUUGAACAGUACGCCGGGAACAGGAGCCUAUGAGCUACUCUUGACUGGUAGUGUAUCCAAGAAAACAGCUGACUGGUAUUCAAGUGGAAAGGAAGAAUAUUGUGGCGGUAUGGCUUUGGGUCAGAGCUUAAAGUUGGACCAUCCAUACUCCUCAGCAACAUACACAAACUUUGUCUCUGGGUUCCAAGGUGUCCUCGACUACAUCUUUUAUGAGCCUCAGUAUUUUAAUAUUGAGCAAGAGGUGCCGUUGCCAUCACAUUUGGAUGUUGUCCAGUUCACAGCUUUACCAAGUCAAGUCUUUCCAUCAGAUCAUCUGGCUUUAGUUUGUGACUUGAAGUGGAAUGUUGGAUAAUUAAAAAAAAACAAGAAUAUUGAUAUAUAGAUUACCGUAUAACAAAUUACAAAAAAAUGUAAUAUUUAUUUUUCUUUUUACAUUUUUUAUUUUGGUAUAUACACCUUGCACAAUCCACAACGGAAAGCAGAGAUACAUCAGAGACCAGCAGAGGGUAAUUGGUUUAACAAGUCCUCUGCCAGGGACAUGAGUUCGUGUCCAACAUGGUUUACUCAGGGCACCAGUACCAGGGAUCCUGUCCAAACAAACCAUUAUUGCAUGUAAACUUGCUGGCAGUGGUCACCAGAACACAAACUCUCACCACAGAGGUUCCACAAAGAACCUGAAGUAAUGAUCUAAAGAUAAACACUAUGUUUUGUGUUUCAUUAGAGUCGAUAGGAAUGAUUUUCGUUAUGGUGGCGCCCUUUUACACAGUCAACGUGUUAAGCCACAGUUGGGCAAAGUGUGGCCUGUGUAUCUUUGGCUUUAAAACCCCUUGUUUUUACAGCCCCCUUUUUUUUUUUUGGGUCCGACUGCCCGAUGAGCUUUGGCCGAUGGGGAGGCUUGACCAAACCAAUGGGGGCUUAAGCCCCCUGCCCCCACUGGUGCCGCCACUGCCCACAUGAUGCAAGACGGUUGGUAACUAUGCUGAUGGUAUGAGUACCAAGCCAAUGUAUGUGGCAUGGCUACCAGGCUGCUCCAUGUAGCAUGAGUAUGAGACUGCUCCAUGUGGCAUGAGCAUUAAGCGUGUCCAUGUGGCACUAGCAGUAUCAACAUUUCAAAACCAAAUGAACAAUAAUGAUUAUGUUAGCCACAAAACUACAAUUUGUUUUAAAACUUUAAUUAAUAGAGGAAUAGUAAAUUUAUUUGGUUUAUUAUGGAAUGUAUGUCUUAACCAAUUUUAUGUAGGCGUUCUAGAAACGCAGCUUUUUAUGAUUAAUAUCAAGAAAUAGUAUAUUGCAUAUUGAAGAAUGAAAUACAAUAAACUAUAAUAAUCAUUGGAUUUUUUUGUCAGAGGGAUGGAUUAAAUUCAUAUUAAAAUGGUGAAGCGUUUGUCAUUAA